CUCUUCGAAAAUACCUCAUUGGAGAAGGUCGGCCCAUUUCCGUCGUCCGUUUUCCCUCGCUACUCCGUUGCCUCUCCCAUUGCUCCCCCCUCCUUCCGCGGGCAACGGCCGUCCUCCUGCUGCACACAGCACGCUGCUUCCGGUGGAGCAUCUCCUGUGAUCGGCGCUGUUCUACGUCAUCCUGCUGAAAGGUUCACAAGCUACAGCUCUUGAUUCGGAGCAUCUCAUACAUAUUACAGCCUUUUCCUAUUGCAACGCUUCACAAUGGUGGUUCUUGCAGCUUCUAUUAUCAACAAGUCUGGUAAAGCAUUAGUUUCAAGGCAGUUUGUGGAAAUGUCACGCAUCAGGAUAGAGGGACUGCUAGCUGCAUUUCCUAAGUUAGUUGGUAUAGGAAAACAACACACUUAUGUUGAAACGGAAAAUGUGCGCUACGUGUACCAACCAAUGGAAACUUUGUAUCUGCUUCUUGUCACAAACAAACAGAGCAAUAUACUUGAGGAUCUGGAGACAUUGAGGCUCCUGUCCAAGCUGGUUCCUGAAUAUUCCCCUUCACUUGAUGAAGAAGGCGUUUGCAGGAUGGCUUUUGAGUUGAUUUUUGCUUUUGAUGAAGUAAUAUCUCUUGGUCACAAGGAAAGUGUAACUGUUGCACAAGUCAAGCAGUACUGUGAAAUGGAGAGCCAUGAAGAGAGGCUUCACAAGCUAGUUAUGCAGAGCAAGAUAAAUGAAACCAAGGAUGUUAUGAAGAGAAAAGCUAGCGAAAUUGACAAGAGCAAGAUGGAGAAGAAUAGAGGGGAAAAAGGUGGUUUCAUGUCUCUGCCAUUGUCUGGUUCGACUAGAAUUGAGAGUAGCUUCAACGAUAUGAGCAUAUCAGGUGGCAGCGGUGGGGGAUUUGGCAGUGGAUCUGGAUUUGGAUUUGACACUGAUAUCGAGCCAACUAAAUCAAAAGGUCGGCCAACUUCUUCUGCCACAGCUCCCCCUAAAGGUCUUGGAAUGCAGCUAGGAAAAACACAGAAAACUAAUCAGUUCUUGGAGUCUCUGAAGGCGGAAGGUGAAGUAAUUCUUGAAGAUGUGAAACCCAUCCCAGGACAGUCAAGAGCGCCUGCUCCCAUACCAUCUGAUCCCAUCACGUUGACUGUAGAAGAAAAAAUUAAUGUGACUCUAAAACGUGAUGGUGGAUUGAGUAACUUUGAUGUCCAAGGGACUCUUUCACUGCAAAUACUGAACAAGGAAGAUGGUUUCAUUCAAGUCCAGAUUGAAAGUGGAUCAAAUGCAGGGUUGCAGUUCAAAACUCACCCGAACAUCAACAAGGAAUUAUUUUCUAAUGAAAAUAUACUAGGCUUGAGGGACCCUAACAGACCUUUCCCUACUGGCCAAUCUGGUGAGGCUUCAGGGGUUGGGCUUUUGAAGUGGAGAAUGCAAAGUGUUGAUGAGUCUGCUGUGCCACUCAGCAUCAAUUGUUGGCCUUCUGUCUCUGGUGGGGAAACAUAUGUUAGUAUUGAGUAUGAAGCCUCCUCUAUGUUUGAUUUGCGGAAUGUUGUCAUUUCAAUUCCUCUUCCUGCAUUGAGGGAUCACCCAGAAGUCAAGCAAAUUGAUGGAGACUGGAGAUACGACAGUAGGAGCUCUGUUUUAGAGUGGUCUAUCCUUUUGAUUGAUAACUCAAACAGGAGUGGAUCUAUGGAGUUUGUAGUUCCUCCAGCAGACUCUUCUGCUUUCUUCCCCAUACAAGUUAGGUUCACUGCAGCCAAAACAUUCAGCGAUGUGAAGGUUGUUAAUGUUUUGCCCCUGAAAGGAGGUCCUCCUCCAAAGUUUGCCCAUCGCACACAGCUCAUCACUGAAAAUUACCAAGUAAUGUGAUCUUGAUUUUAUUGUGUUUGGUUUCCAUGUAUACAUCGAGCAUGACUACCCUCCCUUUGUUGAUAUUUUUGCUUGCCAUGCAAUGAAGCAAAAGGGUCUGUAUUUUCUUCCUUUUUCCCUUUUUUUUGAGAGUUAAGCCGAGGACAACACCAAGGAGAAAUUCAAAACAAUAAAAUUUUAAAGUUGUUGCUUGA